CCAAUCAUCUUGGUACAGAUAACAAUUGUAGGCAGCAGCAGUGUCGCGGGUCAGCAUAGAGUACCUGGAGGUAGGUGCAUCCAAUGCCACGUUUCGCGGGCGAAGGCGAACAUCCGACUGUCCAGGUUUCCAGCGUCGUGCCUGUGACGCUGUCGAAUGCUGUCUUUGCGGCGACUGGAUGCACGAACUUUCGUCUGAACAGUCACCAUAUCCUCCUGGCCGUCAUCGCAGAGCUCUAAAAUUAAUCUCCCUUCUGGCUAGUUAAACCUUGGCCAAUUCGCACUAAUUCGCUCGAAUCGCCGAUUCGAUCCCCACGUGCCGCCUCCAAACUAGCUCCACCUUCCCCUCGAGCCGCCAUGGCGCCGCCUCGUGCCCGGGGGAGCUCGGAUCGGCGGCGAGCGCUGGAGCAGCCGGACCUGCAGGUGCUGCCGCCGCACGUGUGGGCGACGAUAGGCGGGCUGGGAGUGGCGGCGACGGUGGGUCUGUUCGGCGUGCUGGGGCUGGUGACGGAGUGGGAGGUGCCUGGGCUGCCGCACGUGUUCGUCGGCAUGCUCGUCUUCGCGCUCGUGCUCUACCUUCUCAUGCUGCCCGUCGCGUGGUCGCAGCUGCCGCCGGCGUGGAAGGCGCGAUUCAAGUGGAGGUCGCGCGCGGGGCCGCAGCAGCAGGACAUGGACCCGCCGCCCUGGUCGCUCACGUCCGCCGCUGUGUGCAGAGCGCUCCACGUGGUGCGCGACGUGGGGCUGCACAAGGAGGUGGCGCAGGCGCGCCUGGCCCGCCAUGGCGUCAACGAGAUCGAGUCGCUGCCCGUGCCGCGCUUCCUCGCCUUCCUCGUCCCCGCGCUCUACACGCCCACCAGACUGCUGCUGCUGCUGCUGCUCGUGCUCUUCACGGCGCUGUGCGAGUGGUCGGAGGCGCUAGUGGGGGUCAUCGGCGCGCUGCUGCUGCUGCUGCUCGACACGUUCGCGGAGUGGCAGGGCCGCAGAGGCCUCGCGUCCGCGUCGCUCUCCGUGCCGCACGACGCGCUGGUGCUCAGGGAUGGCGUGGCCGUCACGCUGCCGCGACGCCUGCUCGUGCCGGGAGAUAUUGUGCUGCUGCGCCCGGGCAUGGAGGUGCCAGCAGACGUGCGGCUGCUGCACUGCAGCCUGCUGGAGAUCGACGAGUCCGCAGUCUCAGGCGAGUGGGAGGCGGCCCCCUGCCCCAAGGACGCAGCGGCCAUCAUCACCGGCCGCACCACGGCGGUAGACUGCGCCAAUAUCGCCUUAGCCGGCACCAUUGUCACCUGCGGGUAUGGGUCCGGUGUGGUGUUCCGCACGGGGAAGAACACGGAGAUCGGGAGGAAGAUCGCUGCUGCUGCGAGGCACUACAGGAGCCGGCUGCUGGGGGGGCAGGGGGAGGUGUCUCCGCUGCUGUCGCUGCUGCGCUCCGCUGCUCGCUGGACCACCCUGGUGUCUCUGUUUUUCACGCUGGUGGUUGCGGGGCUGGGUGUGUACCGUGCGGUUGACUGGCAGACAAUUCUCCUCACCUCGCUCUCGUUCUUCUUCGCCACGCUGCCCGAGAACCUGCCCGCGAUCUUCUACUCCACGGUGGGCGCGGGCAGCCAGCGCCUCGUGCAGAACAAGAUAUUUUUCAAGGAGCUCAGUGCGGUUGAGAACCUUUCCUAUGUCGACACGAUCCUAACAGACAAGUCCGGAUGCCUCACAGAAGAGAGGCUGAGCCUCCAGGGCUUGCUGGUCGCUUCCACUGCGAUAGGGGUGGAGGAGCUAGCGGUUGCUACCAGGGAAAUGCCCAAGGGGGGGCCGCUGGCAGCAGAGGGAGGGAUGGAGGCACUAGGGAAGCUGCUGGAAGCAUGGGUGUUCAUGUCUGACAUGGGGGAUGACUUACUGGCGGAGAAUCUAGGGGGGAGCGCUGGGGGGAGAGAGGGGGGCGGAGGAGGGGCGACGAGGGGCGGGGAGAAGGUCGAGGGGUUGGGAGCAGCAGCAGGCGAAGGGGAGGAGAGCGGCAGUGCCGGCAGUGAUGGCAGUGGGAGCGGUAUGAAGGUGAAUGGGGCGGCAGGGGGAGCAGAGGAGGGUGGGGAUGCGGAGUUUCUGGCCGCCAUAGCAAAGGAAGCGAAGGAAGCAGGAGCUGGCGAUGUGAGUGUAGACAUUUUGGGGGCAGGAGGCGAGGAGGAGCAGAGCGAGUCGCUGCUCGAGUCCGGGCGAAAAGCAGGUGAUGCAACCCCGGACGUGGCCGCGCGAGGCGGACACGUGGACGCACUUGAUUGGGCGAUUCUGGGCGCGGUGGGCGGGCCGUCGGUGCUGACUAGUCUACCAUAUGAGGGGCUGGAGGGGGUGGAGGCAGAGGUGGCAGCAGCGACAGCCACGGCCACAGCUACUACUACUACCAAGGGCCUGCGGCCGCUGCAUGACUUGUUGCGGAGGUGCUAUGAGGCGAAGGCGGCGGCUAGGCGGCUGACGGACACUUCGUAUGACUCGACGCUCAAGUGUGCCGUGCGCACGUAUGCGGAUGUGCGGACUGUGGUGGGGGGGGUGGGAGGAGUGGGGGUCACGAGAGGCAAGUCCGUGCAAAAGAAACUGCUGGCGCUGGGGAGGAGAGCGGCCGACCCAACUGGCCAGCUUGGGGUGGAUUCACAAGCAGACGCUGCCAGCGGCGCCGGCAGCAGCAGCAGCAGCAGCGGCGGGGUGUGCGAGUUGCGGCAGCGUGUGUUUGUGCGCGGCCCACCGGAGGUGCUGCUGCAGCAGUGCGGCACCAUUCUGCACCGCGGCGAGCCCGCCUCCAUCACCUCGUCGCGCGCCACCAUCCAGGAGCAGAUUAACGAGCUCACCGAGCAAGGCCUCGUGCUAGUGGCGUACGCGUCGGGCGACAUCCUCGCCGAGAGCCCGCGGGCGUCAUCGCGGCCCGCCAUCCUGGCGUCCAUUCACGACUGCACGUUCCUGGGCGUGGUGCUGGCUGCGGACUCACCGCGCCCGGGCGUGAAUGAUGCCGUGGGCAGCUGCCAGAGGGGCGGGGUGCGCCCCGUGGUGGUCACGAGCGAUCAUGUGGGCACCGCUGCUGCGCUCGCCAAGACCGUGGGGCUGUGCAAAGGAGGACAGCAGCCGGGCGCGCCCUCGGAGGUGGUGUCAUGCAUGGACAAGCCAGCAGCACAGACGCCUGUGGAGGAGCUGAGGGGGGUGGUGCAGGCCACCAGUGUGUUUGCGCGUGCCUCGCCCAUUGACCGCCUCUGCAUCCUUGAGGCCCUCCAGGCCAACGGCGCAUGUGUCGCUGCAUGUGGCACAGGCAUAGUGGACGCGCCAGUGGUUGCAGACGCGGACGUGGGGUUGGCAGUGGGGGCGGCGCCGGACGUGGUGCGCGAUGCGGCAGCUGUGGUGCUGCUGGACGGGUCGUUUGGCGCCGUGCGCUUCCUGCUGGAGGAGGGCCGCGCACUGCUUAUCAAUGUGCGCAAGGCUGCUGCGCUCAGCCUCGGGUGCCGGCUAGGGCUCGUGGUCGUCAUGCUGGUCGGCACACUCUGGCUCAACUACCCGUUGCAGUCGACGCAGAUCAUCGUGGCAGCAGUCUUUGUCAACACGGCCGCUCUCUUCACCUACACCGUGGAGCAGCCAGACAGCAACACCAUGCUGCAGCCCCCCCGGCGCCGCACCGAGCGAUUCUUCGACGCGCCGCUGCUCGCGCUCUCCGCUGCGGCCGCCAUCUCCACCGCCACCGCCUGCCUGCUCUCCAUCGCCUUCUCCCUGCGCAACACCACGCAGAACGACAUGCAGACCGUGGUGCUUGCCGCGUGGCUGAUCUCCUCCUGCCUUGUGGGCGUCCACAUGUGCACGUUCGGCCAGCUGCCCAGCAAGGUUUCGGUGUCCAACUCUCUGGUGCUGCUCUGGCUGCUUGCUGUUGUGGUCUUCUGCGUGCUGCUAGGAGUGUCCCCUGGGCUUCAAAUGGCGCUGCAGGUGGAGAGCAUAAGCCCGUCGGAUUGGGGGAUCAUUGCAGGGAUUGCGGUUAUUAGCACGGUCUGGAUGGACUUGUGCAAGUUCCUGGUGUCGAAGUUGAGAGAACACGCGUACGAGGUACCGAGUCUGUCAGUGCCUCCGGCAGUGCGUAGCCCACGCACAGAUGUUGGGGUGGCGCCACUGCUGCCUUCGACAGCACUCAAGAGUGAUGCAGAGAUGACUUAGAAUAUGUAGGAUGUAAAACAGUAGGUGGAGUAUUAUGGUACCAUUGUAGGAGUGCUGGUGGCUUGGCAUACAAGCCUUCUUAGCAACGGGUAGACUUUAUGGGUUGUACGUUCUUCGGUCUAACUUGCUCACAUCAUGGUACUGUCAUGCACAUACAACAGGUCAUGGGUGUGGCAACAUGUAGUGGCACAACAGAGGAAGUUAUUGGCACAAUAGAGGAAGUUAUUAGCA